AAAUGUACUUUUCUUUUAUUGUAGCCUGUUUAAUGGUUGCCUGGUGGCUCCCCUUUUACAGCGUCUCUCCAUUCAUCCACCUUUUGGGCGAGUGCCAUGCUGGCAUCCUCUGAAUUCAAAUGGAGACAGAAACAGGGCACAAGAUCUCUUGGCUGCCACAUAAGAGGGGAAAACAUUUAAAUAGAUCAUUGUCAGUUCGCAUUAAAAGUGGACAGACAGAUAUGGCAUCAAGACACUGGAAGACCCGCCGACUUGUAAACAACCAGGCGUCACAACUUAAUACUCAAGUUAGAUAAUAGAGACAUAACUAUUAUAAAGUAGGCUAUCUCAUGUACCAUGGAAACUUUAGGGCUUUUUGUUUGAUAUAAGUAACUAUUAAAUUCAUUAAGUGACGUUACAGGUUUUGGUGUUAGUUGGAGAGGGGGUGUAUCUGGACUGGAAGCGUCACAGCACAGGACAUCUACCACCCACCCACCCACACACUGCACAGUGGACAGAGAGAUGGUGCACACAGAUCUUCAAAUAUGUAUGAUGUCCGAGAAAUGUUCAUAUUUAGGUAGAGAGGUAAAAGGAUACGAGCAAAAAUGAUCAAGUUUGGAUUAAUUCAUCUCAUGUUUCUCAUGCACGCGACGAUUUUCUUCAGGUUUACUGUUUAUGGUGCUUGCUGUACCAGUUCACCAAGGACACAGUUGGAUAAUAGUAAUGAGACGAAGUGGUUCAACAUCUCAGCUCGGCCAUCUAUGAGCAAAUCAGGCUUAGCUCCUGUUCGUAGUAGAAGGUCCACACAGCUAUCCUUUUCCAAAUCUGUAUAUUCAUUUGAAGUGAGGGAAGACACACCCCCUGGCACUAUUGUGGGACAUGUGGAGGCAGUAUAUAGUGAAGAGAACGAAACCUCAGUAUACUCUGUUCAGGAGGAUGAUGGCGAUGGCCUCUUUCUUCUCAGUCCACAUUCUGGUGAAUUCCACUUGUCCCGUGCUCUGGAUUUUGAGAUGGAACGCUACUACAUCCUGACUGCAGCUGCUCAGCAGGGGGACAGUGAGCUCACCAGGGUCAGGGUGUACUUCAAUGUGAUCGAUGUCAAUGACAACCCACCGGUGUUUAGCCAGAAUGCCUUUUCUGCCUCCAUUCCAGAAGACUCACCUGUUGGAAUGUGUUUCCUAAGUCUGAAUGUUUCAGAUCCAGAUGAGGGUAUAAAUGGAGAGGUGGAUUUGGUGGUGAAUCUUGAGAGUAAGUUCUCUAUAAACCAGCAGGGAGCUCUGUGUCUACGAGGGGAGUUAGACAGAGAGACGAACACAGUGUAUAACCUCAUCGUCCAGGCCAAUGAUCGUGCUCUACCCACAGAGGCUCGACUCACUUCCUCAAUGCAUGUUACCGUCAAUCUUCUCGAUGUCAAUGACAACUCCGCCAGUCAUCACAACACCCAGUACAGUUAGUUUUCCAG